AUGGGUGAUCUGGACAGGAGCCCUCCAUGUCAGUUCAUUGAUUCCUUCCAUGCUGUUGGCAAGAAUGCACUGGCAAAAUUGCAGGUGCUGGAAGCACUGCUGCAUUUCAUUGAUAAAAAUGUUCUGGAUAACUUUGUGUCUCUGAAAGACAUUGAAACACUUUUUGCCUACUGUUACUAUCUCAGCACACAGAUCCGGGCUGAAGUGCUGAAAGUCUAUGCUCCUUGGUGUCCAGCUUGUCAACAGAUUGAAUUGACAUGGGAGAGCUUUGCAAAGGAAAGUGAACAUCUGGAUAUCACUGUGGGAAAGGUGGAUGUCACUCAAGAACCAGGCUUGAGUGGUCGUUUCUUUGUCACAACACUGCCCACAAUUUACCAUGCAAAUGAUGGAGUAUUUCGCAGAUACCGAGGCUCACGGACAUUGGAAGAUCUUCAAGGUUAUGUUUUGGAGAGAAAAUGGGAAGCUGUGGAGCCUGUAGCAGGAUGGAAGUCUCCAUCUUCUAUAAUGAUGCAUGGUAUGGCAGGGCUAUUUCACCUCUCUGGAUGGAUCAGGCAAAUUCAUAGCUACCUCACGGGCACUCUUGGAAUUCACGUUUGGAUUUCUUACGCAAUCUUCAUUUUAGCUACCUUGCUCAUCGGCCUGUUUCUGGGUUUGAUACUGGUUUUGAUUUCAGAUUGCCUUUGCCCAUCCAAGUCGAGAUACAGAGCUGAAACAUCUGAAGAAGCAAUUACAAAGGAUAAUGUGGAGAAUGCAGCAUUAGAGGAACCAGAGGCGGCUACAGAGCUUUCCGCAGAUGAUGUGGAAGAGACUGCAGGCAGAAAAGAUCUCACAGAUGGAGAAGAUGCAGCAAAUUCAAGUGUUGAUGACUCAGAGGAGGAUUUACCACUUGGAAAGGAGUCAGGAGAAGAAGAAAUGGAAGACUUAAGUGAACAGCCUCUAGCUGAUUCAGAGACUGAAAGCUCAGUAAGACAGCGUAAAAGUCAGGUGGCUGAUAAUGGACUAUAGCUUUUCUCAGUGGUGUAGUUUAUACACUUGGACCAAAGAAGUAUCAGACCCUGGGUCUGAAACUGAAGCUUACACUUGAUUUGUCAUUUGUGUUUACGCAAUACCUCUGUUCUGUCAGCAGGCUUUUUUUUUUUUUUUAGCUAAUACUUGCUUACUUUGUUUUAUAAGCACAUACACUGUGUGUUGUAUAACUUUAGCUAUGACAAUCAAAAUAAGUGGAUCUUACCUGUUUGAAGUCUUCUAAGAGAAAAGGGGUGUAACAGUCUUAGUUCACCAGCUGAAAAAUGGUCAUCUGUGCUUGUCUUCCUUUAAGUAUUGACCUAAGCAAGAUCAGGACUUUUAAGUCUCUACUUGAGAGCUGUGUUUUUUUUCUGUCAGAAUGUUUGUGCUUUCCAAAUGCCACAGAAGCACCGGAUAAGUGAUGCAGUAGUGAAAGAAGUCACCUUACUAGUCUUCUAUUAAAAUGUUAUGUACGAUAGGUUUGUUUCUAUCACUUUCAACUGAAGCACCUUUCUCUUUCAUUCUUAUUAAUGUUUGUUUUGAAAGUUUAGCAUACAGUACGCCCCCAGAUUUUUCAGUUUUUGGUAAUUCGGAGGCAUGCUACACAGCUCAAGCUUGUCAGUUGAGUUUUUUGACCCAAGGAGUUUGAGUAAUUGAAAACCUCAGGCCAAGAAAAAGUGGCAGCUAAAUGUUUUAAAAUAUGUUUGAACUUUUUAUAGGAAAUCAUUUUGGUCAGGGGGGAUUUUUGCCAAAGCAUGACAUCUUUUUUUUUCCCUGCUUCAGGAGAUUGUAACAAGAAGUACUCACUUUGCAGUCACUAAGUUGUAUAUUUCUUGCCAAUACAAGCUUGUCAUAUGCAGUGCAGUUCUGCCAUUUCAACUCAGAAUACUUUUGGCAGAACUCAAACUACUCUAGUAAUAUUAACUGAAGAGGCACUUAAGGUUUUACCUUUGAUUGCUUUCCUACUUUUUGUCACUGGAAUCGGCACGUUAGGAAAAGAGGGGCAUGGGUGGGUAGUGGGAAGAAGCUUUUGGUUUUUGCUACUUAUAUCAAGAUAAAUGUGUGUCUGUUGAACUGUGUAAAGUGAAAAUUACUUACCAGGUAGACAGGGUUAGGUGUGGUUAGAAGACUUAAGUCAUUAAAGGUUAUCAGUAUUUCCCUCCUUUGACUUGGUUAAUAUAUAAGGCUUUUUUUUGUAAGGAAUACCUACAGGGAGAUCCUAUAUGUUCCUGUUCUGUUGACGUGUGUUCAUGUGCAUAAGAUGUGUCUUAAUCUUGGUUGGUUUUAUAUAUAUAUUGCAUAAACCUUGCUAAUAUGCAUGAAUUUCAUCUUGUUCCUCAAGAAAAAGGAGUAAUCAAGAGAUGAAAUAAUCUCUCAUUAGAAGAGACAAGUUGCAAGUGCAAAACUCUGGUUUCCUUUGAGACUGAGAUAAAUAGGGCUGAUUUGUGUUGAAAGUUGUUUUGUUUUUUGUUUUUUAUAUGCUCAUAAAGAGCAUAUUUACUAAGAAUUAAUUGAAUCUUUCCUGUCUGUCCUGUUGCAUAUUGUGUUUUGGAAGUAUAUGGUAGAAACUUUGCAUUUGUUACAGCUGUGUAAAGAACAAAAUUACACUGCAUAUAUUGAAUAUUAAUUUUCUUAAGGAACGUUCUCAGUCUGGAGCUUGAAUUUCAUAUAGUGGACACAUGUAAAUAUGCUUCCACAUACAUGAAAACAUACAGUUGAUAAUAUAUAUAUUGCACUAUAAUGAGAACAGUUUGUCUUGUGUUAAUUGGGCAUUGUCCCACGUAACUGAGCAAUUGUAGAAGCUUACAGACAGCAGAAUUCAGUAACAGUUGAGGUACAUAGCAGCUUUUUUAAAAAAACAAACCCAAAACCACCCCACACUCAAGCUAAGCUUUUAUUUGACAAAAUUAAGAAAACGUUUUGGCCACUGUAGUUCUGAGGGGAAGAAAUGAGCACCUAAAAGCUCAGAUUACGGAUUUGUUAUUUCCAUGAUGUAUUUGUUUUUUCAUGAUCUGUGCAUUGGGAGCUCAUAAAAAUCUAAAAGAAAAACAAAAAUUUAACCAUAUUUCAUGAGAGAAGCAGGAGUCAGUGUGUGUAUGCAGGUACAUGAACUUGCAUGAAGGUAAGAAUAGACAUAUCCCCUCAGUCAUGGAUCCAAAACUACCAGACACUGAAAAAUAUGCAGGGCUGUGGGCAGACUGAGGGCAGUAUUGACUUUGGUUGUGUACCGAAGAGGAUAUUUUUUUAAUGUGUACAGGGUGUUGUGAUGCUCAGUGUGUAGGAAGGAGCAUGUCGGUAUUAAAUUCUGAUUCAAUUUCUAUUCACUUUUGUAAUAUCGUGGAGCCAGUCUUCUAAUAUCCUCUUCAGCUGUUUAAAGAGGUUUUAACUUUCAAAGAUACAGAACAUCCUUGUUGUAUGCUGUUGAGACUAUGAAGCAUUAAAAAGUCAAGUAUAACACUUUCCAGUGCUCAGGAGUAGGUAUUUGGGCUUUCUGAAUGUUUAGGCAUUAGAUGUUCUCACAAGAGGUGGAUUUCAGUAUGGUGUCCCUGAUUUGAAAAACAAGCCAACCCGCACUUUGUCCUACAAGAACACAUGGUUUAUAAGAUGCUGUGAAAUGUCAGAAACUCCUUUGUGUGGUGAUUCUCUGAAGUCUCUGCUUACAUUUCCUCAGUUUUUAUAUGUCACCUGUUAAAUGCGGAUUAUUUAAAAUGAAGAUACUAAGUAUUUUGCAUCAUCAUAGAGUUAACUGUAGGAUCGCUGUCUGAUGAGCAGGGAUUAAGCAGGCAGCAAGUGACAGCAGCUCAUCUCUUCAUAGAUCUGUCGUGAAUCUGGAAGUGAGCUAUAUGAGUCUUUUAAGGUUUCUUGAACAUAAUGUGUAUGUCAUUGCUCCUGUCCAUUAAUAAAGUAGGGAAUAAUAGUGCUAACUUGGGUUUGGCUGUAUUUGAUAUGUAUUGGAAUAUCUUCUUACAAUGAACACUGAAUUGUGAUAAGGAUUUAAGGAAAAAAGGUGCUAUGCAACCAUUGAUAUCCCCAAUUUAGUUUUACAUUUGUAGGAAAAAUAUUGUGGCAUGAUACUGGAGAUACUCAACUCUGAGUAAUGUUUAUACGGCAAACAACAAGUAGCAAACACUGUAAAGGCUAAAUCUGUGUUUGACAGAUCACUAGCUAUGCACUAAAGUGUAAUGUUAUUCUACUUUCCAGAAUCAGGUUUUUUUCCUACUAAAACACGUUCUAAUUGAAUCAUGCAAGUAUAGUACUAAUUAGACUAUUACAAUAGUAUUAAACUUGGUGUGUUUUCAAAAAAAAAAAAAAAGUCAUUAUCAACCUUUGGUGCAGUCUGAGUGUUCUGUUAUCUCUGUUCUGCUGUGAUUAAUUUUAAAAUAUGGAACUUAUUCUUGCAACCUCAGUAUAGACAAAAUGUCCUUGGAGAAGCUGCUGCUAACACUGUUCAAAAUGUUUUAAGGAUGGGUCUGUAAGACUUGUAAACUAGAGCUGCAUGUCAAAAAUGACUUAAGAUUUUUUUUUUUGAGAACCAAUUUAAAUUUCAAAUAGGAGGCACACCACUCGGAAAAACAGUCCCUGAUGGAUCUGAACAUGAAUGCUUAAAAGCAAGUCAUUCAGAAAAUCCGAUGGGUUACUUUUUAAAAAGGCUAGAAAUACGUACAGCCUUUCAAACCUACUGUCCUUGAGAUUUGUGUGAAAGUUGUACACGUGUUUUGGAAUACUCUGUAUGUGCUGCACCCGUGCUGGGCAGCACUUGUUAUGUGGGCUUUCUUCAUGGAGAUGUUAUACAGGAUUGUCUUUUAUAUGAAAGUGUUGCAAAUUUAUACUAUGGCUAUUUUUACUUAAGUUCCAUAUAAAUUUUGUAUUUAUGAUCA